AUGGCAAGCCUUGGCUGCGACGCCCAUGGCGACUUGAACGACGCAGAGUUUAGCAAACCCAUGCCUUCAAUCGGUCUAUACGUAGCCGUAGCUUCACUCAUCUGCGGACUAGCCAUGGCCGCCGAUCUUCUCCACGGCUUCCGUCACCGGAAAUUCUGGUUCCCCUGCAAGUUCUUCUCCCUCAACGCGACUUCCCUGACUUUCAUCGCCGUCGGGAUCAAACUCUCCGUCGACCUCAACACAUCGAUGCCGAGUCGCCACGACCAGCUCUCCAAACUCAGCAGCAGCGUCUUCGUCUGCACCGUGAUGGGAAAUUCGAUGCCUUCUCUCGGUAUAAUGGAGAACGAAGACCUCCUCAUGAAUCUCAUGGCCUUAGGGAUUCUCGUAGUCACCGACGUCGUCAACAUCUGUAUCCAGCUAGGCACUGGAGCCAUCUACGUCUUCAAAGAAGAACACUUUCUCGUCGUCCUUCUCAUGCUUCUCAUGCUAACGAUCUUGAGCUUCUCGGCGACGACAGUCCCCACCACGAAACGGAUCUUGGAAACCAAAUACAAGAAGAAGUAUGAGGUUGCGUUGAAGUGUCCUUUGGCUACAGAGAGAACAACAGUGGCUAAGAAGAUUCAGCAAGAUUUGUCAAAGUUUUGGAUGAUGGCUCACACGAGCAGCCCUCAGUUCGUGAUGGCUCGUUCCGUCACUUGCACUGCCUCUGGCUUCUUCUGUCUUUUGAGCGCUGUUACGUUAGGUGAAGCCAUGGUUAGGUCUUACUUGUUGACACCGAGGUCUCUCUGGUUCUGUAAUGGUGAUUCUGAUUACAAAUGGUCGACCUCUCUGGUUCUUGUUUGCCAGACUGGUGCAGUAACUAUAGGAACCGUUGCUCCUGCGAUAAGAUGGUUCACCGCUGUGAAUUUCCGGUGUCCGAUAAGAGGGAAGAAGUAUUACAGAGACGAGUUUAGAGUGGAGAGUUACUGGACAAACUGGUUCUCUGAGAAGAAGCAACGUCCUUCAAGCCUAACGAUCCUCAAAGAUCGGAGAUGCAGGAAGAUUGCACACGAUGGUAAGCGAUGGAUGUUGGAUGUGUGUAUAGGGACACAGUGUGUGAUAGUGUUUGCAAGCAAGAUCAUCCGUUACAUAUCUGUCUACUGUGUGAGUAGGAUCUUGAUCUGCUGUUACUUCGCCAUCAGAAGAAGUGGUACAGUCUCUCACGGUGAGUCGGAUUCGUCCGGCUCGAGGCAGGAGCUUGCGAGUUUCGUCCUGCAUCUUGAAGGAGAGGACGAGCUUGUGGAUUUGAUGGUGAGGAGCAACCGCGAGGCCACGGAUCAUUGGGUCAAGAACGGGAGGAAGAAGCAGCCUUUGGAUUUGAUAGAGCUUUUGGAAGCAACAACACACGUUUCGAGAGGUUUUGAAGGGAUUAAAGAGUUUGAUAGUAACGAGGUGGCUUCUCUUGCUGCAUCUGGAGAGCCACCGAAUUGCUGGGCGCUUCCGCUUGUAACACUCGCAAGCGUCGCUGUUGCUCUUCCUAAUGUGAAGCCUGGCUCUAUCAAGAAGCUGCUCAAUGCUGUCAAUGAGGCAUUAGACUCUGUCAACAAGUUUGAGAACGUUUUAGAUAGUGGAGGAGAGUUGACUAACUUGAGGAAAGCUGCUGAGGUUGUUUGGUUAGGAGUUGAUCUUUAUCAUAAGUGGUUCGAUGUGGAUCUUCGGAAACUAUCUAAGCAAGAAAGAAGUACGGAAGAGACGCUUAGGGAGCUUGUGGAAACCGCGAAGAGAGAGUUUUCAGAGUCGUGGCAGAUGAAUCUGAUGGUGUGCAUGAAGCACAAGCCUUCUCGUUGGCCUGUCAAGACUCUGGCGGCCAACUCCAUGUACAGAAUCUGUCAAACCAUUCUGCAGAGUUACGAAUCGAGAGACUACGGAACAGGAGAAGAUCUGUUGAGGAAGAUUGAGAGCAUAAUCUCGGACAUAGUUUCAGGUUGUUUCUGCAACGUGGCGCAGGUGAUAUCCGCUAAAUGUUUGGUGACGGCUGUAGAAGUGAGGGAAGAGUCGGUGAGAGCAGCGGCUCUGCAUCUCGGAAGAACAGAGAAGAUUCUUGAGAUUGUGGAGAGAAGAUGCUUACCAGAUUUGAGAUGUGAUAAGAUGAAGAACAUCGAUGAAUGGAGAGCUUUCUACAAGUUGAACUCUUCUGAAUGUAAUAAGAACAAGACUGUUUCUCUCAACUCGAAUGAGCUGUGCAUCAUUGUUGACUAG